AUGUCCAAGUCCAAGUCCUCCUCGAAGUCGUCUUCGAAGGAGCUGGCACCGGCACAGCCGACGGAUGCACCCGAGGAAGACCCCGAGGAAAAGGAAAGGCGACUGCAGGAAGAGGAGCGAUUGCGUCAAGAGGAGUUGCUGAAGCGGCUGGAAACUUCGGGGAGCAUUUGUGCCGGAAUUGCAGGCGUGAAUGGCCAGUGUCAUGGCGAGAUGCUACUUCUGGAGGCGGACGAAUGUCGACGCACCUACUGGGUGGCCUCGGGCAAGCGUGAGCCCUCGCAGUAUUGGUUUUCGGGGCCUUCCCUGGCGUCCCCACGCUGGAACUGCAGUGCUGCUUGUUUGGGUGAUGGGCGGAUUCUCGUGGUCGGUGGGUUCGACGAGUUUGGAUUGGCCGUGGACACAACCGAGGUCGUGGACAUCGUGACUGGAGAGGUAUCUUUCGGCCCGCGCCUGACGAUGCCGCGGGCAGGCUGCGCUGCGGUCGCCUUGCCGCUUCCCAUUCAGGAGGAGGAGCCGGAGGUGGAAGGGGAAGAUGAGGAGCAGGAAGAGGAGGUUUGGAUGCCCUGGGUCAUAGUCAUCGGUGGCUAUGGCGCAGAUGCCGGACAGAGCACGGAGGUCCUGAGUGUCCAGGCGAGGGGUGACGAAGACGAAGAGCAGGAUCAGGAGGAAAGAGGCGGAUACAGCCCGACCCGGACCAAAGCUGCGCUCACGGAGGGUAUGGCGAAAGGCACCUCAUCGUUGCUGGUGGGUUUGACGAGAAAGCCGGGCAUGUUUCAAAAGGGACUGAUGAGAAGCUUAGGUGUCAACUCCACCGAGAUACUUGAUUUGUUCCAGCUCAAGUCAGUCGCCUAUGCUUCCGACUGUCGGAAGGAGUGCAGCCUUCCUGAAGACUGCAGACUGCAGAUAGAUCGCAUUGUUCAGUUCGGAACAGAACCUUGGGCCACUGUGAGGCGGACGAGCUGGAACAGUGAGAACGAAGACGAGGCCAUUAGUUGGACUGCGCUUGGAGCUUUAGUUUCCGGUAUGGUGGUCGCAGGUUCGCAAGAUCGUAGCCGCAGCCCCCGGAAAGCUGAUGACGCGAAGAUCAUCGAUGGGCGCCGCAUUGCUGCAGCCUUGAGUGAAGAUGUGAAGGCAGCUACCACGGAGCUCUAUGCCAAGUACGGGGUGACUCCAGGCCUCGCCAUCAUCGAGGUGGGAAAUCACAGCUUCGGCCAGCUCAUUGAUUGCAUGAGGCCAGAAAAAAUGGACGACCAGAAGAUCAACUUGUCCAAUUUCGCAGAGCUGAAAGCAAAGAUGGCAGAGAGAUGCGGCAUGCAUGCACAGAUCUUGCGUUUCAGCGAGACAGUGCAGCAAAGUCGGCUGCUGAAGAUCAUCAGCGACCUGAUGGCGGAUGACAGCAUCCACGGCAUUGUGGUGGAGCUGCCCUUGCCACAACAUUUGAACGAGGUCGCCAUCCUGCAAGCGAUCGGUCCAGCGAAGGACGUGGAUGGCCUGUCCUUCUCCAACAUGGGCCGUGUCCUGGCCGCAGGUGGCUACAAGUUCGGAGCAGAGCCAGAGGCCCGACCAACUGUGCCAAUGGGCGUCAUGGAGCUCCUCCUCCGAUCACAAGUAGAACUCCACUCCAAGCAUGCCGUGGUGCUGGGCCGCUCCAGCACCGUGGGGUCUCCCAUCGCCGCACUGCUCACUGCCCACGACUGCACUGUCACGACGUGCCACAGUCAAACCGCCAACCUGCAGGAGCACGUCAAGCAAGCGGACAUUUUGAUUUCCUGUGCUGGACGGCCUGGCCUGGUACGAGGCGACUGGAUCAAGCCCGGCGCGGUGGUGAUCGAUGUUGGCAUGAACGUCGUCCCUGAUGCUCAGAAGGGCCAGCGCAUGGUUGGAGAUGUGUGCUUCCAGGAGGCCUUGCAGAAAGUGUCCAAGAUAACGCCAGUGCCAGGGGGUGUGGGCCAGAUUUCCUUUGCCAUUCUCCUGCGGAAUGUGCUGAACUUGGCCCGUCGGGCCAUGAGCCUGACAAGGAUAGGUAUCGGCCCCAGUGGACACGAGAUGUUCAGGUGCGCGGACACGUUGCGGUUUCCGGAUAUCGGACUGAAGGUUCCCCGGGUGCUUCUGCCACGGAAAGGCCUCGACCUGACCAAGUGGUGCGUGGUCGCAUGCGACCAGUACACGUCCCAGCCGCAGUACUGGAAGGACGUCAAGCAGCUUGUCGGAGACUCCCCGUCUACGCUGAACUUGAUAUUUCCGGAGGUGUACCUGGGUGAUGCAAAAACAAACCAGCAGAUCAUCCGCGGUAUCAGGGACAAAAUGCACGAGUACGACAGAGACCGUGUUCUGGUUCCACAGCAUCCAGGCUUCGUCCUUCUGGAUCGGAAGACUCCCGUUGUCAACAGUCGCAAGGGUCUGCUGGUUGCCCUGGAUCUGGAAAUGUACAGCUUCGCAAAGGGCUCCCAAAGCUUGAUUCGUCCCACCGAGAAGACGAUUCCUGAACGACUCCCCCCACGCAUUGCUAUUCGGGAGCAGUCGCCCCUCGAGCUGCCUCACAUCCUUGUGCUCAUUGACGACCCGAAGAAGACAGUGAUCGAGCCACUCUUCGAUCGAUGCGCUGACUUCCCCAAGCUCUACGAUUUCGAGCUGAUGAAAGGCAGCGGACAUCUGAAGGGGUUUCAUGUGGCACAGAGUGAUGCUGUGGAAGGGGUGGUGCGGGCACUGCGGGCUUUGGCCAACCGAGACGCCUUUGUCGAGCGCUAUGGUGCCAGCAAAGACCAAGAGGUGAUUCUUUUCCCAGUGGGCGAUGGAAAUCACUCGCUGGCCACAGCUAAGCAGUGCUGGGAGAACCUCAAGAAGAAGGGUGCAGACCCCGAAGAUCAUCCAGCGCGCCAUGCAUUGGUGGAACUGGUCAACAUCCACGACCCAGGAAUGACCUUUGAGCCCAUCCACCGAUUAGUUUUCAAUGUUGACGUCAAGAAGGCUUUGGCAGACUUCGAGAAGAAACUGCUUGAGCUUGGCUGUGGCCCUGUGCAGAUUUCUGAUAGUUUGCGCAACGCCCCACAGCAGCAAGGCUCCCAGCACAUCGAGUUCCGGAGCAAGCACACCAGCGGAGUUCUCACCGUCCUGAACCCCAACCUUGUACUUGAGGCGGCCACCCUCACAAGCUGGCUCGACCCUUUCCUGGCCGAAAACCCUAAGGCUUCAGUUGACUAUGUGCACGGCGAGGAGGUGAUUGCAGAAAAGACCGCAGAGGAUGGAACUUUGGCUUUUCUCUUGCCUAUCAUGGACAAGAACGACCUGGUGAAGACUGUCGUCAAAGAAGGUGUGCUUCCCCGCAAGACUUUCUCGAUGGGAGCAGCUGAUGAGAAGCGCUUCUACUUCGAAUGCCAACAAAUCGUCAUUUCUUCGCCGAGGGAUCUUGCACGGGCGUGGUUUGAGCCGGGGCCAUCAAUGAUGGAGUGGCGUGCGGCUUGCACAGCGGUUACUGUCCCGAAGAAGGACAACCACCCUCAAGAUCGAGUUUGGAUCAUUGGAGGAGUCAAUGAACGCAGUGAACGUUUAAGGACAACAGAAUGGCUGGAUGUGGUCCAGGUGGAGCGAAGAGUCCCAAGGCCUCGAUCUCAGGAGAGCGAGGACAAGGCGGACGAGAAGCCACAAGAAGUAGUCGAAGCAGCUCCUCACGGAGAAGAGUCAGAUGCCAAUGCUCCCAAGCCUGAAGAAGGCGAGGCCGAGCCAACGCCGAAAGCAGGCGAAGAGGACGAAAAUGACGACGACGCCGAUGAGGCUUACUCAAGUACGCUGCCCACCAAGGAUAUGCCCGCAGACGCAGAUGAUGCAGAGACCUCCAUCAUCACGGAAGCCUUUCAGCCGGGCCCUUCUCUCGCUUCGGCUCGUUCCGGCUUGGCUGCGGUGCGGCUGAGCGACACAGUGGUGCUGAUUGCCGGAGGCAUUGGCGCAGAUGGCGAGCUACUAGAUACCACGGAGUUCUACGACUUCGAUGGUCGCAAAGAUGAAAUGCAAGAAGGGCCCCUCCUAUCCUGGGGCUGCAACAGUGAGGUUGGCUUCAGCUACUUCGCAGCUUCGCGAGCAGCGUAG